UAGACAGUAUUUAGUAACCAUAUACUCAGUAGUCAAUAUUUGUUCUGCAGUCAGUGAAAAUUUUUUGUCCGUGUUUAAUUUGUGUAUUUUUUACUUAUUAGAAAUUUCCUGUAAUUUUUCUUUUCUCUUAAAAAAGUAACUUAUUGAAAGCAGGAAUUAUCACAUUUGUUGAAUUCUUAUUAAAAAAAAUUAUGCAAUAAUGGAUUUACACAUUUUAAUAGUAAUUGCUUGUGUAUUUUUGGCUUCUCUCGGCUCACUUCUGUUUAUCAAUAAGUUCUUACGUCGUAAAACUUUUGAAGAAAUUGUGGCUGAAAAGAAGGCUAUGACAGAAAAAAUCUAUGGCAAAGAUAAGGCUUCAUUUAAAAAACCAAAAAAGCAAGCAUUGAAGAAGGAACUGAAGCGUGAGAAGAAGCAACGACAACGCGAACAAGUCACAACAACUGAACAGGAGGAUUCGGAUGUACAUUCUGAACAAGCCUCGGUUGAUGAUGAGCCACAUGGUUUGUCAAAAACUCAUGUUGAGUUCGAACCUGAUCCAGAAGUUGUAACCUAUAACAAUCAAACGACUUCGAGACGCUCUAGCAAUGCUGAAAAGGAGAACAUUAAUAAACAGAAUAAGGGCAAAAAGGAUAAAAAAAUCGCAGCAAAGUCCGGCAUUUUAAUUCAUAAAAAUGACCAGAAUAUUGUAAAAGAGACUGCUGCUGCUGAAGUAACUACUGCUCAACCAUCUAAUCACUUUGAUGUGAAAGUUCCCAAGGAUGCCGUGGAAUUGAAGAAGGUUGAGAAAAAGGAAGAGAAGUCCCAGCAACAAAAUAAGAAAGAUAAAAAUGGCAAAAAAUCUGAUAAUCGCCAAGCAACCAACGUUGAAAACAAUGCACAAGCUCCAACUGAAGUGGUUGCAGCUCCUGUUGUUAUUAAAGAAGUGAAACAGUUGGAUGAGAAGGUGCGUCAAAGUUCUCCAAAGAACACACAACAAAAGAACAAGCAGCAAAAAAAACAAAAGGAUUUAAAGGAUGCUGUAGUUGGCCUUGAAAAACUAUCGGAGUCGGACACUGUAGGUGUUUCACUUUUAAUGAAUUUGUUCCGUCGUGCUGAAUUGAAUCGCUCUGAAAUUCAAAUUCUGAUCGAUUACUUAUUGAAUCGCCAACAAGACAUGCCAUCUACACAUUCUGAGUGGUCCGAUGAUAUUUGCCAAAAGCUAAAACGUCAGCUAGAAGAAAAGGAAAAGGCAUUGGCCGAAGAACAAGAAGCUUCCAUAGGUAUUCAGGCUAAGCUACGCGAGUUACGCAGUGAAAUUAAUACCGAGAGGGCAACCAUGAAUAGCACCAUUAAGUCAUAUGUGGAAAAAAUUCAGACUAAAGAUCAAGACAUCGCCCUGUUGGAACAGAAAAUCAAAACUCUCAAUGACAAUUUGUCCCUAGAACGCCAACAAUUCCAAGCUAAACUCAUGCAUGAGAAGCAAUCAGGAUCGCAGGAACUCUUGGCCAAGAUACAAAUGAUGCAAAACGAUAAUGCCCUCAAAGAGAAAUGUAUUGCUGAUCUCACUUGUAUGGUGAAUGCUUCUAGACAAGCUGUCGAAGAAUCCCAACAGAAGAGCGAAAUCAUUCAAAAUCAAGCUCAACAGAUCCGUACUUUGGAACAACAGCGUGAUGAAUUGGAACAAGUCUCAAAUAAUCGUAUUUUCGAGUUAGAGAAGGCCAAACAGUUAGAAAACGAACUUAACGAUGCUCAGGUUGAAAUUCGUAAUUUGCAAAAUGCUCUCGAAUCGGUUAGAUCAGAUUUUAAUCAAAAAAAUAUAGAAUUUGAAACCAUGAAAAAUGAGUUGACUAUGGUUCGUAACAAGGGUUUGAUGGAAAAACAACAAGAAAUUUCUGCUUUACAAGCUAAGAACGCCGAAUUAACACAGCAACUUUUAAACAUUGCAAACCAAACACAGGAGCAAAGUAAGGAGCACUCUGGCUUACAAACAACUAUUGAGACACUAAAAAAACAAUUGGCCGAAAAGGAGCAACAAUUGCUCGAAUCACAAACCACUAAUUCUCAAAUUCAACAACAGUUAUCUUCGGUUGAGACUGCUUCUAAACAACAGGCUGCUGAACACGCUGAACUUCAAAAGAUGGUCGAAAUUCUCAAAAAUGACGUUUCAUCGAAAACUCAACAAUUGCAAAGCACUGAAAAACAAGCCGAAACACAACAAGAACUUCAGAAAUUGGUCGAUUCUCUAAAAGCUGACGUACAGAAAAAAGAACAACAAUUGCAGGAGAGUGUAAAACAAAUGCAAAAACAUGAAGACUUACAAAAACUCAUAGACACUCUAAAGGCUGAUGUUUCCAACAAAAAUCAAAAACUCCAAGAUGUUGAAAAAGAAACAGAGAAGUUAAACAAUCGUGAAAAGGAAUUAUUACAACAAUUGCAAGAACAAAAAGAAAAAAUAAUGUAAGAUUUGCGCACUAAAAACUGGAAGUUGGUUGAGGCUUUGCAAAAUGCAGAAGCUAAAGUUAGCAAACAAAGCCCUAAUGCAAUUUUAGUUCAACAGGAAAAGCUGUUGGCUGCAUCCAGCAAACCUGCAUUAAGUGGUGGUAUUGCUGAAACGGGCAAGGAUCAGAAACAUAUGCGGGAUUUGUUACAACGAUUGUGUCCAGAGGCAGUUAAAGCUUGUGCUGGCACAGCUCUAUCAGUAUCGUUUAACCAGUGGGUAGAACAGGUUUUAACCACACACGUUAAACAACAACAGCAACAAAUCAGUAGUAGUCACAAAUCUACACAGUCCAACAGCUUACAAAGCCCUUCCGCUCCACAAAACUCUCACAAUAAUGCCAACUCGGCUAAUGGCAGUCGGAGUAACAGUUCCAGCGUCAGUACUAGCCCAGGCGGAGAGAACACUGUGUCUAAUAACACUGAGAAAAAUGAUUUACUCAAAGAAAAUUCUAUCCUGCGUAUUCGUAUCGACGAGCUCACCAAACUCGCUAGAAAAACUGAAAAUACACUGUCCGACCUGAUGAAACAAGCUGAAGAACAAGAUGAGCAUUGGCGUAAUAUUAUGCAUUCAAAAGAUGAACAAAUAAGAGCGUUACAGCACUCAAAUGGUCAGGGCGAUAUUUAAUGUCUGUCCCAAUCUUAUAAUGCGGAACACAUCGUAUAAAAAUUAAGCGCUAAAGUAGUAUGCAAUAAAGAUACAUUAAUAAUGCAAUUAUGAUUAUAUUAUAAAAAUUAAACAUAACCAUAAAAUUACAAA